GCUGCUGCCCUCGUACUUGCUACCUCUAGAAAUAUUCUUGCCAGUAGUGGCGGCAGCGGGACUCAAUUACCCCCUUUUCUCACUCUCUCCAGAAGCUCCAGAUGGCGUCUUCUGUGGGCAACGUGGCCGACAGCACAGAACCAACGAAACGUAUGCUUUCCUUCCAAGGGUUAGCUGAGUUGGCACAUCGAGAGUAUCAGGCAGGAGAUUUUGAGGCAGCUGAGAGACACUGCAUGCAGCUGUGGAGACAAGAGCCAGACAAUACUGGAGUACUUUUAUUACUUUCAUCUCUACACUUCCAGUGUCGAAGGCUGGACAGAUCUGCCCACUUUAGUACUCUGGCAAUUAAACAGAACCCUCUUCUGGCAGAAGCCUAUUCGAAUUUGGGGAAUGUGUACAAGGAAAGAGGGCAGUUGCAGGAAGCAAUUGAGCAUUACCGGCAUGCAUUGCAUCUCAAACCAGAUUUCAUCGAUGGUUAUAUUAACCUGGCAGCCGCUUUGGUAGCAGCAGGCGACAUGGAAGGGGCAGUACAAGCUUACGUCUCUGCUCUUCAGUGCAAUCCUGAUUUGUACUGUGUUCGCAGUGACCUGGGGAACCUGCUCAAAGCCCUGGGUCGCUUGGAAGGAGCCAAGGCAUGUUAUUUGAAAGCAAUGGAGAUGCAACCGAACUUUGCAGUAGCUUGGAGUAAUCUUGGCUGUGUUUUCAAUGCACAAGGGGAGAUUUGGCUUGCAAUUCAUCACUUUGAAAAGGCUGUCACCCUUGACCCCAAUUUUCUGGAUGCUUAUAUCAAUUUAGGAAAUGUCUUGAAAGAGGCACGGAUUUUUGACAGAGCUGUGGCAGCUUACCUUUGUGCCCUAAGCUUGAGCCCAAAUCAUGCAGUGGUACCUGCCAACCUGGCUUGUGUAUACUACCAGCAAGGCCUGAUAGAUCUGGCAAUAGACACCUGCAGGCGAGCUAUUGAAUUGCAACCACAUUUCCCUGAUGCUUACUGCAACCUAGCCAACGCUCUGGAAGAGAAGGGCAGUGUUGCCGAAGCAGAAGAGUGUUAUAAUACAGCUCUGCGGCUGUGUCCCACCCAUGCAGACUCUCUGAAUAACCUAGCCAAUAUCAAAGGAGACCAGGGAAACAUUGAAGAGGCAGUUCGCUUGUAUUGUAAAGCAUUAGAAGUCUUCCCAGAGUUUGCUGUUGCCCAUUCAAAUUUAGCAAGUGUAUUGCAGCAGCAGGGAAAACUGCAGGAAGCUCUGAUGCAUUAUAAGGAGGCUGUUCGAAUCAGUCCUACCUUUGCUGAUGCCUAUUGUAACAUGGGAAACACUCUAAAGGAGAUGCAGGAUGUUCAGGGAGCCUUGCAGUGUUAUACUCGUGCCAUUCAGAUUAACCCUGCACUUGCGGAUGCCCACAGCAAUCUGGCUUCCAUCCACAAGUAUUCAGGGAAUAUUCCAGAAGCAAUUGCUUCUUAUCGCACUGCUCUGAAGCUUGAACCUGAUUUUCCUGACGCUUAUUGUGAUUUGGCUCAUUGCCUGCAGAUUGUCUGUGAUUGGACAGACUAUGAUGAGCGAAUGAAGAAGUUGGUCAGCAUUGUGGCUGACCAGCUGGAGAAGAAUAGGUUGCCUUCUGUGCAGCCUCAUCAUAGUAUGCUCUAUCCUCUUUCUCAUGGCUUCAGGAAGGCUAUUGCUGAGAGCCAUGGGAACCUCUGCUUGGAUGAGAUCAGUGUCCUUCAUAAACCACCGUACGAACAUCCAAAAGACUUGAAGCUCAGUGAUGGUCGACUGCGUGUAGGAUACGUGAGUUCUGACUUUGGGAAUCAUCCUACUUCUCAUCUUAUGCAGUCUAUUCCAGGCAUGCACAAUCCUGAUAAAUUUGAGGUAUUCUGUUAUGCCCUGAGCCCAGAUGAUGGCACAAACUUCCGAGCGAAGGUGAUGGCAGAAGCCCAUCAUUUCAUUGAUCUUUCUCAGAUUCCAUGCAAUGGGAAAGCAGCUGAUCGCAUCCAUCAAGAUGGUAUACACAUCCUUGUAAAUAUGAAUGGUUAUACCAGGGGUGCUCGAAAUGAACUCUUUGCUCUCAGGCCAGCUCCUAUUCAGGCAAUGUGGCUGGGCUACCCUGGGACCAGUGGCGUGCUUUUCAUGGAUUAUAUCAUCACUGAUCAGGAAACUUCACCUGCUGAAGUUGCUGAGCAGUAUUCUGAGAAACUGGCUUAUAUGCCCCAUACUUUCUUUAUUGGUGAUCAUGCUAAUAUGUUCCCUCACCUGAAGAAGAAGGCAGUCAUCGAUUUUAAGUCCAAUGGGCACAUUUAUGACAAUCGGAUUGUGCUGAAUGGCAUCGACCUCAAAGCAUUUCUUGAUAGUCUCCCAGAUGUGCAGAUUGUCAAGAUGAAAUGUCCUGAUGGAGGAGACAACGCAGACAGCAGUAAUACGGCUCUUAAUAUGCCUGUCAUUCCUAUGAAUACUAUUGCAGAGGCAGUUAUUGAAAUGAUUAACAGAGGACAAAUUCAGAUAACAAUUAAUGGAUUCAGUCUUAGCAAUGGACUGGCAACUACCCAGAUCAACAUUAAGGCUGCCACUGGAGAGGAGGUUCCCCGUACCAUUAUUGUAACCACCCGUUCUCAGUACGGGUUACCGGAAGAUGCCAUUGUGUACUGUAACUUCAAUCAGUUAUAUAAAAUUGACCCAUCUACUUUGCAGAUGUGGGCAAAUAUUCUGAAGCGUGUUCCCAAUAGCGUACUGUGGCUGUUGCGUUUUCCAGCAGUAGGAGAACCUAAUAUUCAACAGUAUGCACAAAAUAUGGGCCUUCCCCAGAAGCGUAUCAUUUUUUCACCUGUUGCUCCUAAAGAGGAACAUGUUCGGAGAGGCCAGCUGGCUGAUGUCUGCUUGGACACUCCACUCUGUAAUGGACACACCACAGGGAUGGAUGCCCUUUGGUCAGGGACACCCGUGGUGACUAUGCCAGGAGAGACUCUUGCUUCCCGAGUUGCAGCUUCCCAGCUCACUUGUUUAGGCUGUCUUGAGCUUAUUGCUCAAAAUAGACAAGAAUAUGAAGACAUAGCUGUGAAACUGGGAACUGAUCUAGAAUACCUGAAGAAAAUUCGUGGCAAAGUCUGGAAGCAGAGAACAUCUAGCCCUCUGUUCAACACCAAACAAUACACAAUGGACCUAGAGCGGCUCUAUCUACAGAUGUGGGAGCAUUACGCAGCUGGCAACAAACCUGAUCACAUGAUUAAGCCUGUUGAAGUCACUGAGUCGGCCUAAAUAAUGACUGUGUGCACAGGAGAAUUACCCUGUACCUGAGCCUCAACCUUCUGGGGGAAAGGGAACUACUUUUUCCUUAUCUGUACAAUACCAUGCUGCAGAUGGGUGACAGACAAUGAUAAGAAAUAGCACAGCCAGACUUGCUUCCUGCAUGAUCACGAUCACGAUAGGGAGAGACACAAGAGAUGGGAAACUGCUGUUGCACAAGGAGUCUCCAUAGAAUUUUGCAGCAGCCAGGUGUCUGGAAGGUCUGGAAGGUAAGUCUGGAAGGUCUGAUCUCCCUUGGUCUUCCAUGGGAUGGAUGGUUAGUGUGGAAGGGAGAUAGAGAUUGCCCAGCCGUUUUGUGAUUAUCAUGGAUUGAUUGAGUCUUCUGAAUUAAUAUUUUUCUUUAUAUUUUGGGUAUUGGAGCUUUUAAAAAUGUUUGGUUUCGGGUAUUUGUAUUCAUGUGAAGUGUGUAUGAUUCUCUUGAGAUAAGCUUUUAAGCUAAAAUAUUCCUUGUUUUAGUUUCUGAACUCUACAGAUAAAUGGGGACUUUGCUGGUGUAGUCUUUUUAUAGGUUUUAUAAACCACUUGAGCCUAUAUCAGUCAUUUUAGUUUCUGACAUAAUGUUUGGAACUAUCAGUGCUUUGUUGGUUUAUAGAUGAUGGCUUAAAUUCUUUUCCUGGUCCGUUUCCUUCUUCCCUUCCCCCCACUUUAAAAAUUCUCCUGUAACUUGGCUAACAAAAAACCAAGUCUGAUUCAAAACCUCCCAGAGUGUUUCUCUUAACCGCAUCAUCUGGUGCCAAAUGAAGAUUCUUAGGAGCGAUUAUUAAUUCUGAAGGGCACAGUUGUGGUACUGUCACUGAUGAUAAUAAUAAUGGAUUUUUGGCCUAGAGUUUUGACCUAUUUCACCAGUGUUUUACCGUUGGCUGCCCCUCUAUGCUGCUUCCAAAAGUGAUAGUGUGUGUUAAGAUUUUUACUUUCAUUUCUAAUGUUUGUUUGUUUGUUUUAGUGAGUCCUGUUCUUCCUUUUUCUUUCAGCAGAAAUGAAAUCCCAGUUGUCUUGGUCCUUCUGACCCCAUGCGUCGGUGCUACUUCAGUUCCUUACCCCUUCCCUUCUGACCCUGGGCGGUGAGAUCCUCUUUCUCCGGCUGGUCCGCGGCAAGUGGCACUCGAACAGGGACCUGAAGCGUGAAGGCAAUUAAAAGAAAAAGAAAGUGCAGGCAACAGCCUGUUCCUCAUGUACCUUUGGUUUUUACGGACGGUUCUUCUUCAGGAGUGGCUACUGUAAUCAUUGACGACGGAACAAACCUCGUUAAAGAAACUUCCUUGACUUCAGCUCAACGUGUUGAACUGUAUGCUGUCAUUAUGUCUUUUAAACGUUUGCCUUCUAUAUCUUUUAAUUUGUUUUCUGAUAGUAAAUAUCUUAUUAGCUUGUGAUUUCUUCUGGAGACUGCGAGCAUAGGACAUACUAAUGACCCUGAAUUACCAUCCUCUUUUCGUUUGUUUCAACAGCUUAUUCGUUCCCAUGAUGGUCCUGUUGCAGGUCUGUAUAUCCGUGCUCAUUCUAACUUGCCUGGUCCAUUGACUAAACUUAAUGCGACUGCAGACGUUUUAACUCGAUCUAAACGUGAUCUUUAUCCUGUACAUUUUCCUCCCAAGAAUAGAGUUGAAGUUACUCCUCCUCCUCAAUCUCUUUUCCCUAAAGCAGGACAUGUCCCAAUUUACCGUACUCCUCCUUUCCGUUCGUCAUGCUGUCAAGAAUGGCUAAUAUACUGCAUUCAUUAUCUUCAUACUCUUGAUACUCAUGGUCCAUGUCCUGGACACCCUCAUAUUAUGGUAAGUUAUGAUCAAACUGCUUCACAAGCAGCACAGCAGUUGCACGCUUUACACCGUCAGUCAGCGGCUACAUUACACACACAAUUUUCCCUUACUGGUGAAGCCGCCCCACAAAUUGUUAAGCAAUGCGCACAAUGCUUACCUCACCUUCCUGUUCCACAUUAUGUUGUUAAUCCUCGUGGAUUAUUACCUAGACAUUUAUGGCAAAUGGAUGUUACUCAUAUCCCGUCUUUUGGGAAAUUACAGUUUGUUCAUGUCACUAUCGACACGUAUUCUGGUUUCCUCUGUGCUACAGCACAGACCGGAGAAGCUACUAAACAUGUUAUCACUCAUUUAUUACACUGUUUUGCUUUCAUGAACCUUCCCAAAAUUAUUAGAACAGAUAAUGGGCCCGCUGCUUUUGCAACAUUUUGUAAUUCAUUACAAAAUUACCCAUAUUACAGGCAUUCCAUAUACCCCUCAAGGACAAGGUAUUAUAGAACGUGCAAAUAGAUCUUUAAAGCUAACUAUUGAAAAAAUAAACGGGGGAAUUGUAUAGAACAACGCCACAUAACCUUAUAAAUGAUGCUCUGUUUAUUUUAAAUGUUCUCACUGUUGACAAAUUUGGCUGCUCUGCAGGGGGAAGGUUGGUGGCUGAGCCAAGAUUGGCCUCUCAAUCUCCGGAGGUCCUCUGGAAAGAUCUGUUAACCAGCACUUGGCGUGGUCCUGAUCCUGUGUUGAUUUGGGGACGUGGUCACGUGUGUAUCUUUCCCAGAUCAGCGCCUGGACCUCGCUGGCUUCCUGAGUGCUUAGUCAAGCAAAUAGAUGGCUUGCCACAGCUCACCUAGUUCAGAAGAUGAAGAAGCUCUGCACCUCUCCCGAAAAUUUGACAGUGUUGAUUGAGAAAAAGAAGAAGAAGAGGAGACCACUUCCCAGGACGACUCAAAGGAGUGAUGUUCCAACUUGGGGACAAAUUAAACAACUGGUUUCACGAGCUCAAGAGUCAGUGAAACAACAGAAUAAUCCUGUUACACCUGUAACUUUAUUUUUGGCUAUGUUGGCAACCAUUUCAUGUGUUCCCUCUGUUAAUGCAGCAACUUACUGGGCCUAUGUACCUGAUCCUCCACUAUUACAACCCAUAUCUUGGUCUGAAGCAGAGUUUCCUGUAUUUUACAAUGAUAACUGUUUAUGGGCCUCUUAUUGGGAAUAUAAAACAAAUCAAUAUGUCUGUAAAUUAUACUAACUGGUUUAGUACCCAUCCUGUCUGUCUUAGCCCAUUGAAUCUGGAAACUGGAUGUGUAAAGGCUAUUAGUUAUGAGCAUACAGAUGUUUAUGAGGGAACGGAUCAAUCAAUUAGUUUGUCAGGCUCUCCAGGCAUCCUUCGUUUUACAGGAACCAACAUUACUCUUACAUGCCAGGCUACCAGCCGACGAGAGGAUCUUAAGGAUACCAUCAUUUGGUAUAAAAUGGGCAAGCUAUUAAUAUUAGAGGUCAAAUCUCAUAGGCCUCACCACUUAGGGAUUCCGCUAUUACUAUAGCCAAGGUUACAGGUGAAGAUUCAGGAAAUUAUUUCUGUAUGAAGCGUUUACUUGGAGGACAAGGGAUACUUAUAGCUGGACAUAAGGUUACUAUGCUUAACAGAAAAUCAAAAAAUCAAUUGCCUCCCCUUAUGACCGUUAACUUUCCUGGAUCCAAUUUUGAACGUUGCAAUGCAUCUUGGAAUAAUAACCAAAUAUGGUGUACUAUAGAUUAUACCAAGCUGUCAAUUCUUAUCUCUUCUUUUCCCAUCAUAGAUAGGUUUAUCACAUUUCAAAAGAACUGGGAUAUAUGGAAACUAGCUCUAACUUAUUCCAAUACACCUGUUAUAACUUGUGUUGCUCCUCCGUAUACACUUUUGUUUGGUUCUAUUAACAUUGGUAAUUCUUCCAAAGGAGGAUAUAAUAUUAGCUGUGUUAAUUGUAUUUUUAGCAGUUGUAUGUUCCCUUCUGCAGGAACGCAAUCUGUGCUUAUACUAAAGCAACCCAUGUAUGUUAUGGUGCCUGUACAUCUGAGAGAACCUUGGUAUGAAGAUACUGGAGUACAGGCAUGGGUGGAACUCUCUAAAGCCUUGCAGAGAAGGAGACGCUUUCUUGGGUGGCUAAUAGUAAGUUUACUUGCCUCGGCUGCUCUGUCUGCUACUGUGGCUACUGCCGGUCUUGCUCUUUCACAGAGUAUUCAUCAUGCUCACUUUGCUAAUCAGUUAUCUCAACAUACCAGUCUUGCUUUAUCUUUACAAAGUCACAUAGAUUUACAGAUUAAUAACAAGUUAGAUGAAUUUAAAAACGCAAUUUUGGGGAUUGGAGAUCAGAUAGAAGCAUUAAAAUUGAGGAUGCGUUUAGCUUGUCAUGCAAAGUAUACAUGGAUGUGUGUUACUCCUUAAAAGUACAGUGACUAUUUGGGAAUGGGAAAAAGUAAAAAUGCAUCUGCUGAGUGUUUGGUCAGAUAAUAAUAUUAGUCUUGAUCUUAAGAAAUUAAAUGCUGAAAUUCAGGGUAUACAAAAUACACAUCUUGAUGAUGUUUCGCCAGAAGAUGUAAUUCAAACUUUACUGGAUCAUUUAAAGUGGUUAAACCCUCAGUCUUGGAUUACUGGAAGGUUGUCAGGAUUUAUUACCCUGGCCAUAAUUUGCCUAUUAUUGAUAAUAAUCUUCUCAUGUCUGUUUCGUAUCCUCAUGCAACAGUAUACUACUCUCGGCACUAAACUUCAUGGAAUUAUUUUGCAGCAAAAGUUAAAAAAUAAAAAAGGGGGACCUGUGGGAAGCAGUCAGCCUUGAGAGCAGGUAAGGACAUGCUAGGCAUGCCGCCACUGCUCGAAGGGACUGUCCCUACUUGUUCCCCUCCUUGUUCCAUUCCAUGGGAGAUAAAUCACCAGGGCCCAGAGAUCAGAAAGAAUGUAAAAUGAGACAAGCAAAGCUGUCUUCCCCCUGCACAUGCAGGUUAUUUUUGAUGCUUCUGGGUUUAUGGGUUUCCUCCCAGGGAAGUUAACCUUGAGCCGAGACAGUCUGUAGAUAAUGUAAACCACCAUCUGGCAACCUUCCUUUUUCUAGUCUAGAUAAUCUGCAACUGUAGCGCAAUAAAAUUUGCCUUGCAACCAUCA